AUGGAGAUUUCCUCUGCCCAAGACUCGGCCCGCCGGGGUGUGCUCCAGGACGCCAUAUUCCCAGCAUUCGGCAACGAUGCGGGCGCCCCGGGCCCAGACGCAGACUCACCAGAGCAGAUGCAGAAGAACGACCCGCUGGGCACGCAAAUAUGGAAACUCUACUCACGAGCAAAGACACAGUUGCCCAAUGCUGAGCGCAUGGAGAACCUGACAUGGCGAAUGAUGGCCAUGAACAUGCGCCGCGCCGAAAUGGAUCGCAAUAAAGGGCCGGGCCAGAACACACAGAGCAGCGACAUGAUGCCCCCGCCAGCAGCCACCACCACCACCACCACCACCAGCCCAAGACCGCCGCCCAGGUCCGCCCCAAGCGGCAUUGCCCAGCAGUUGCGAAAGUCGCAGGACCACCACCAGGCCCACGGCGACCACCACCACCACCACCACUACCACCAGCAACAGACGCACGACGCCAUGAAUCUGGAUGAUUUUAUAUUUCCUUCGUCGGUCGGCAGUCCUGCCGGCCUAUCGCCCGAAGUGUCGAAUGAGGAUGCGGCUCCAUUUAUUGCAACAGCCCCAGCGAUACCGAUAAGGAAGCCGCAUCUAGCCAGCGACCAUAACCUGUCCCUCGCCCGCGCAUCUGCGCCCUCGGUGCCUCCUGCCAUCAAAAGGGAGGAUGAGUUUGACUACAUCCCACGACACGUCCGCAAGACCAGCAUCGACGAGCGACGACCCCCCAAGCGCCGCGCAGAAGCUUCUCCUCUGGUCCCUCCCGUCAACAGCAUCAUGAUACCCACCGAUGCCAACGCCGAGGCCGACCUACACCACUACUCGCUGGACCACAACACCAUGCAGCCGCCGCCCUUCCCCGCCUCCCAGGGUCAAGGCCAAGGCCCCUUCUCCAUAGACACGUUCCAGAUGCACGAGGAUCCCGUCGUGCACUCGGCCGGGCCCUACCAGCAGACGUUUUCGGGCUUCUCUCCCGUCGGCUCGCCCCUCAUGAGCCACAACGCCUUCAACUCCAACAUGUUUAACCACAACUCCAUGGCCUCGUCCCUCAACUCAACCGACUACUACUCGCCACCCAGCUCCGCCUUCCCCUCUAAUGUCUCGACCCCGCAGCCCAUCCCAGAAGACAAUAAAAUGUACUUUGACCGGAGCGGCUUGGAUAUCCGCACCUCACAGCACGGCGCCUCGGGAUACGGCCCCCACCGGCCCUCCAACCUAUCGACGUCGAUGCAACCACAGUACAUGUUCAACCCUGCAGCCGGCGGACAGGACUCCAUCUUCAGCCCCGUGACGAGCGCAAGCUCAUCGCUGCCCUUCUCAGCCUCGUCGUUUGGCCAAUCAAACCACGUUGAUCCGUCUCAAGUGCUGCACAAUAACCUACCCUUGCGCCAGCAACACGAGAUGCAAAUGGGACGCCAGGAAAACAUGUUUACCUUUGGCGCUGAUUCGGACGCCGAGGACGAUGAAGGAAGUGCCUUUGCCGACCGCACCCUGCCCCAGCACGACUACUCGCAAAUGGACGACGGCUCCAUCGACUUCAAUACUGGAUAUCAGUGGGAAACAAAUCUAUCCAACCAGUUUAAUCCCAUGCAAGCGCGCUAUCCCGCUGGGCCGCCGCGUAAAACCGUCACCAUUGGUGGGACGGAAUUGGUUCACUCACCGCAAGAUCAUUGGAGUCCCGGGGGCAGCCUUGGGCGGACCCAUGGCUCGGCCGCUUCUGUAAGCGACAUACGCAACAGAGGGACCGAUCCACGACGCCAGAAAAUACCCCGCACCAGCUCGACCCCCAACGCUGCUGGAAUGGUGCAUCAGGGCAUGCAUGGCUUGGUGUCAUCGCCAAAUUCUCCCCCAGAGUCUGGAUUCAACUCUGCAGCCCCAUCGCGGCCUCAAAGCCCUGGUGGCACAAAACAGGGCGAAGGCGGUGCGCCCACGACGUGCACCAAUUGCUUCACGCAGACGACACCGCUCUGGCGCCGUAACCCCGAAGGGCAUCCACUCUGCAAUGCAUGUGGCCUAUUCUUAAAGCUGCAUGGUGUUGUUCGACCCUUGUCGCUCAAGACGGACGUGAUCAAGAAGCGCAAUCGUGGCAGUGGCAACGCGCCCGUUGGUGCGUCAUCCACGCGCUCGUCGAAGAAAUCGUCUCGUAAGAAUUCGAUUGCCCACACACCAGUCACGACCCCCACGUCGCACAAGGCAGCUGAUUCCGAGUCUCCAAAAUCGACCGGGUCAGGUGGUGGGGGCUCGAGCAACUUGUCUUCUGCUACAACGCCCACGUCGUCCAAACCGAGCGGUGUGGUCCCGAUUGCGCCGGGCCCUCCCAAGUCGAACAGCUCGGUCGUGCUGGCUCAGUCGCGUGGUGUCGCCGUUGCACCCAAGCGAAGUCGUGGGCAGAGCAAAAGCGAGUCGCAAGAACUGGAAAUGGCCGACGCCGACGACACGAGUGGACGAGCGCCAUUGCGCAGAAAGGAUACUGCCAUUGCGACUUCGAGUCCUUUUCCAGGGCAAAAUCUUGGGGCCCUUCCCAUGGGCGCCAUGGGCCAGGGUUUGCAGUCAUCUGGUCCUGCUGAAUGGGAAUGGCUGACGAUGAGCUUGUGA